AAGCUUUUGUUGGCCUGCCAAACCUAAACAAAUAAAUAGUUUACCAUGUCAAGACAUGAGAAUAAGUUACUGAAUGAAUCUCUAAUUUUAGUAUUUUGCAAUCUAAUCAUUAACUAACAUUAAAGCUUAAUCCUUUUUUAAACUCUAUCCAGGAUUAGAUCUGGAAGUAUUACGAAAAACGAUUGAAAAUGAACAGGAUAGGACCUUCUGGGGCUAUUCAUUUAGCAAUCAACAAAAACCUUGAUGGUCAUGGGAUAUUUUGGCAAAGUAAAGAAAAUAACAAGCCAGGCUCUAAAAAGAUUGACUAUAAGACGAGGAAACUGCGCCAUCCAAUUAGACAACCAAAUGAAGAGGAAAUAUUUGCUCAGAUGGAGGCACAGAAAGAAGAAGAGAAAAAAAAGUUUAACAAAUCAAACAAAGACUUUAUCAAACAGAACAGACAGAGAUUUAAAUCCAAAAGUCAAGAGCAACAAGUCCAUCCUGGAACACAGAUACGGCCAGGAACAGUCACUCUCACGCAGGACCAGUUGACUGCAUUAUUAGCUUCCCUUGGAAAGACUGGUAUAGCCGCUGACAAAGAUAGUCCUAUCAAAAUAAAGAUAGAUGCUGCCAGCAACAAAAUUGAAGUUGAACAAAUGGACCACAAUCAGAACAGGAACAAAACAGAUUUGAAGCAAGUUGACAAGAGGCAUGAACAAGCUGACAGCGACAGUGAAGCUGAGAUUGGAAUUGGAGCACUUCUUGAACAGCAGAACAAAGAAACAAAGCAAGCACAUCAAAAAAAGUCCAGUGAGCACAAUGUCAGCUUUGGGAACACCCAAGUUGUGGAAACAAAACAAGAGUCAAGGGCAGAUAAUGCUCAAGGGUCUGAUAAUCUCCCAGUAAAUAUUCCCUGGAAACAUCUAACUGUUGCUGAGAGAAAGAGGCUCCAGUGGGCUAGAGAAAAAGCUGAGCUGCAACAAGAGUACAACCCGUGGGGGAAGCCUGGGGCUGGUGCCCCCACUAAAAAGCAGGAAGAAACCGAAACAGUUUCACAUCAACCUACUACAAGUCACCUUGUUCCAACAUCCAAUCAAAAUACAGCUAGGUCAUUUGUUGACCCAGAGAUGCAACGCAAGCAGGAGGGGAUAGCUCGAGAGAUUGCACAGUUGCAGAGAGAAAUACAAGAGAUGGAGAAAAGAAAAAAGGUUGAAGAAGACAGAAUCUUGCGAGAAUUAAAAGAAAGGCAAAAAGUGGCUGAAACUAAAGCGAAUGUCAAUGCUGAGGUCAAUGAUAGCAGGAAGGUCAAGGACAGAGAUGCUCAGGUAGAUGAUUUAAAAGAGAAUGUUAAAAAUAUGAAUCAAGGGAGGCUGGAAAGGAAUCAAAAGAAUCAUGACAUGAAAAAGCAAAAUGAGAAUGUUGAUGACCGCGGUGAGAGUUUAAUUGAACCUCAGCUAGAUAACUCUGUCAAGAUAGUGACCAGAGCAUCUCCCCGACUUGCCACUGGGCCAGCCACUGGUUUAAGAUUGGGGGAUACCCAGGAGGAACUACUCAGUAAGAAAGAAAUGGAAAGAAAGAAAUGGAUUGCAGAACUUGACCAACAAAGAGAGGAACAGAGAAUAAAGAAACAAUUAGAGAAAGAAAGAGACAAGACAGGAGUCCAGGACCAGUGGGCUGAUAGAUUUGUCUAUCAUAAAACUUUUGAGCAGAUCUCUCCUCGACAUGCUCAAGCCAGUCAGAAGAUGAAAGAGCAGAGUUAUGCCCCUGCGCAAGCUAAGCAAUCAGAAGCUGCCUUAGAGUCUCAUGCUCCUCCAGCAGCCAUGAGAAGUUCUAUAGUUGUGGGGACUGGGACAUUGAAUGAUAAAAGAUAUGAUGGAACUAAAGCCGAAGAGAAAAAAAAAUGGCUACAAGAACUUGAAAUGCAAAGAGAAGAACAGGGUCUGGCUAAGCUGGCCCAGAAGGAAAGAGAUAAACAAGAAGAUGGGACCUGGGCUGACCGGUAUCGAACUGACAACAGCAAGCAGGUCACACAUCAAGACGGCAGACAAAAUGAAGGCGUUUGGAUGGAUCCCCACCCGUCACAGAACAGACGACAUCGCGGGACUGUUGAAGGAAGUGGUGCAACUGAAGGCGUUUGGUUAGACCCUUACCCUUCAGACCACAAGAAGCUCCACCCACAAAGUAAUGAAGUUCCACAUGUGGGACAACCACAUCGGCAGGAGCCACACAGAACUAAUAGUGCCCCUGACUCCACAUUGCCACCAUUACAAAAGGAAACUGAGCAGCCCUCUCAUAUCAGAGGUCAAGGUUUAUUUAUAGAUCCAGUCACAAGACGAGAACAAGAGGAAAAGAGGAAAGCCCAGCUGGCACAUCAGGCAAAAGUGAAGGCGCAGAUAGAAGAGAAGGAAAGAAAGAAGAAAGAGGAGAAAAUGAAGAAGAUGCAGGAAGAUUUGGAGGAAGAGAGGAAGCUGCAGAUGGAGAGAGACCUGAUGAACAGACAAACAGAAUUUGAACAGAAAAAGUUGAGGGACAGGGAGGAGCUGCGUCAGAAACAGAUUGAUGUUUUAAAGUCUGCACUGGACGAGGCCCAGGAGAAGGCCGUGGAAGACAAAAAUGUCAGGCGCCUGCAACAUCUUCAACAACAUGGCCAUGAUGUGUCUCAGUUGAAGGCCAAGUACAAAGAAUCCAGUGCGACAUCUUGUCCCCAACUUAAGUCUCCUGUAGUAGCCUCGGCACUUCAGAACUCAGAGCUAUCCAGUGUUAUUAGGGAAGAGCUUCCAGCCUCUCCAAGAAAAAAAGAGUUUGAAAUGUCUUCUAUUCCUGGCCUGGGUUAUGAUGUAACAGAAACUUUGAACAGACAAACACAACCGGCUUCCCCUCCUUCAUAUCUACCGGUAGAUUUAAAUGGGACCUCCAGGUUUGACCCUGCUGAGCUGUCAGAUCGUAACUUAGGUCAAACCUACAGUUUUGAUCCUUACAUCGAAAACAGAGUGUUGACGCCAAGCAGGUUUCGAGAUCCUGCCAGACCUACAGAUCUAUCGGACUCACCCAGAAGAGAAUUUGGAACUCAGACAUUGGAGCUUAAAGACCUUAAGGCUCUUCUCGAGAAACUUCCAGAAGAUGUGCAGAUUGAAUACAAGAUGAAAGUGGAAGAAGCUCUGAGAGAAAAAGAAUCGGUCAAGCACGCUCCCUCUCGAAAAGUUCACACCAGAGUUGUGGAAGAGGUCAAGGAAGCCAGGAAGCCCAAGGUCAAGGCUGUACAAAGUGCCCCGAAGGAGAAAACACUGGGCAUUAAAGAAAGACCCGACUGGAAUCAGAGAAGAAGAAAAACUGUUGUGAAAAACUCUGAGAAAGAUCCGUUCUAUGAGGAGAAGAGGGAAGAAGCAGAGGCCCGAAGGUUGAAAAGAGAAAGACAACUCAUGUACUUACAAGAGUUAAACAGGGAAAGAAUUCCUAACCUAUCCAAAAGUCCGGGUAGAAGCCCCAGGGCGCCCUCGCCCGAGCCAGUGAAAGAGGUUGGUGAAAGAGGCAGGAAGACACAGAAGAGGUUGCCUCCAACAGACACUUUGAAAGACACGUCUCCCAAUGUUGUUGCCUUGCUGAAUGAGGACAGAAAGAAAAAAAUAUCUCCCCGUUCAGCCUCCCCGCCCAUUCCCUCCAUCAAACAUAAGGCCCACGGAGUCGCUGACCCGGCCAAUGACCCCUAUCACUACAUCAACAGUUACCUGAGGAACAGUCAGGGGGAGAACAGAUACGGUGAUGUCCCUUUGGAGCCCCACAGCGAUGAGUUUGUCCCUUUCAUGAGAACAACAGAAGUACUGGACCCAUCCCGCGCAGAUGAGCCAGUGGAGAUAUCCAGAGAAAACUCUCGCAUGGAAAGGGCCCGCCGUGCUUAUUAUGAGAACCUUCAUCCUGCUAACAAGGGCAAGAAAGUAGAUAUUUAUCAAGACAGUGAAAGAGAAACUGCCUUGAAGGCCUCACAGAACUUAGCAGGAGCAACAUAUGUCACUCCCAGACAGGACAUGAUUUUACAACAACUCUCAUCACUAAAGAGGACAUUGAUGCAGCGGCAGAAAGAAUUAGAGGACUACAUGUUACCUUCAGAAUUAGAGCAUGAAGCGAUGCGUGGAUGACCAGAAGUUACAAAAUGUUUCCUCUGGCUGACCGCAAUAUUUGGUGGCCAGCUUCAUAACAAACUGUGAUUUGUUUGUGCUAUGUGACCAUAACAUAUUUAUUUAUAGAUCUGACCAUUAAUUUAUUACCUAAUGCUGUAAGUCAUGUUAAAAUGAGACAAUUCUUGACCAAGGGAAAUAACUUGCUGGCUCCUGCGACUUCUAAAUACUACUAUUUGCCAAAAACAGCUAAAAAUUUGUUUGAAUUAUUAGCUUGCUAUAAACACCUGCCAAACAUAUGACUUCUACAUCAUAUUGUACUCAACGGAUGUUCCUUUAAGAAUUAUUUUCCUACUUUUCAUAAAGGAAAAACACAAAUUGUUAUUCUUUCUAUUUAAGAGUCAAAUAAUGAAUUGAGGUUACCUUUUAGUUUGAUUCUGUGGUAGACUAUUUUUUAUGUAUAAUAAAAGUAAGAGGCAGCUGUGUUUUUUUUUAUAGACAGCUACGUUUUUUUUUUAAAUUUCUGAUAAAUAAUAGUGCACUUGACAUAACCAAAAGGGAAAAUAAUUUUAAAAAAAUAAAACUCAAUUUAUUUUGUUCUGUUUAAAAAAGCUUGCACAUCAUCUUGAGUCUUGAAAACCAAAGCUCAACCAAAUCUCUUCCAAAAACUUAUAUGUUUAUAAACUUGAAGAUGCCUCUAUUAAUCAUUUGAAAACUUUCUGUUUUCUUAAAUUUCUUAACUGUAGCAAGUCUUUCCCAAGGCAAAUGUCCAGGUAGAAUUCAUCUAUUUCUAUCAAACAUUUAAAUAUAUCUAAUUUUUUUUUUUUUUUUUUUUUUUUUUACUUGCUGCUUAACUUCUAUUAACUUAUUUUUAAUUAAGAUUUUGGUAAAGGACAUCAUGCAUCACUUUACGUAUCACUUUUUAUAUUCUUUCAUUCUAAAUGAAAUGGCAUUUUAAAAAUCAUCACUGAAGCAGUUGUAUAAAUAUUUUGACCUCAAGAAUCUGUUUUACUUUGAAUACUUUACUCCAAUUUAUUGAAAAUUGUGUAUGUUUACAGAAAAUAUUUGCAUUCUAUGUCAUGGCAUCUUUUGUGCUGUUGCAAUGUCUAAUCAGUGUGCAGUGACUUGAUAAUUUCUUGUAGAAAUGUUUUUGAUUAGCUGCCAUACUCAUUAUUUCAUAAUUACUUAAAGGUCUAAAAAGUAACUAUAGAGUAACCAAUCUAUGCACCAAAAAAACAUAGAGAACCAGACCUGAUGUUAAGGUUUUAUUGACCACUCAAUGUAUAAUUACACAGAAUGCAAUGUUCUGUUUAUAUUGACAUGUAUAUUUGUUUAUAUCAGUUUACCGUCCACAGGUCAGAAUGUGUCCAUUCUGUUUUGUAGGUUAGUGCUUGAAUUCAAUUUACGGGAAGCACAAUUUUUAACUUUACCUCCCAGCAAUGUUACCCCCCCCCCCCUCUUUUUAUCUACAAUUUUCUUUGCCUUGAAACCUCCCAUUUAUUACCUUGGCUUUUGAUGGCAGCGGUCUCCAUGGAAGCAAGUCUUGUGUUUCCAUAGCAAUUGAAACAAUUGUACAUAGUAUGAACAACAGAGAUUAUUUAAAUCAUUGAUUCUCUCUCCCCCCC